UCCGCUGUUGUACGCUGGUUGUAUAGCUGUGCUAGCCAACAUAAAAACAAUGUGACGCGAAAUAUCGCGCCGUCAAGCAAAAUUUUAAACUGUCGCCAACCUGAUUGGAGGUGCAUUUUGGAAAAUUGGCUCGCAACGAAAUCGGCUGCUAGAAGAAGAUCGUUUUGGGAAUAAACAAAAGACACCGCGCGAGGCCGUUGCCUGUAAUUGCCCAAACGGUUUUUAGGGGUGGAUUUAAACGAUCUCGAUGUUCCGUUCGCCGUCGGAUCAUUCUGACUUGCAAACACGCGACAGUAUCUCCAGGAUAUAAAGAUUUAGUGCCCUAGAUACUAAUGCGUUUUUGUACGAACUAGCUUCUGCCUGGCGUGUACAAAGGACUGUGAUGUAAUUGCGCGCUUGAAAAAAAAAACCAAAUAAAAGAGGGUAGCCGAUGUGUGUAGUGUAGUGUAGUGCGGCGAGUGUCCAGGAAAUCAACCAUGAAAACACUUGCAUCCGUACCGAGAGCCCCUUCAGCACUGCUCGUUCUUACAUCUUGGAUCCUCGUCCUCGUGGAGCUAUGUACCGUAUUUUCGGGAGGUCACGCAGCCCACGCUGUGAAGAAGAGAUUCACCGGGCUCUAUACGGGACCCUAUUUCGAUCCAUCUACUACAACGAACAUCACCACCCAGCUAGGCACUCACGCAUACCUUCCUUGCAAGGUAAAACAACUCGGAAAUAAGUCCGUUUCAUGGAUCCGGCGUCGCGAUGCUCAUAUUCUCACCGUCGAUCGGUUCACUUUCAUCGCUGACGAUCGCUUCCAAGCGUUUCUCGUCGAACCAACCGACACCUGGACACUUCAAGUCAAAUACGUUCAAGCUAGAGAUGCCGGCCAAUAUGAAUGUCAAGUUAGCACCGAACCCAAAAUGAGUCAUUUCAUUACUUUAAAUGUUGUGGUUCCCAAGAUCGAGAUAAUGGGCGAAUCGGACAUCUACGUAAGAACUGGUAGCCCGGUAACCUUAAAAUGCGUCAUUACGCAAUCGUUGGAGGAACCUGCUUAUAUUUUUUGGUACCACGAUGAGGAGCGCGUUUUGGAUUAUGACAGAUCGGUUUUAGACAUCAAUAUGGAAAGGAUAAGGCAAGAUACGACCAUCGGCACACUCGUUAUUUAUCAUGCUCGACUUGAAGAUUCUGGAAAUUAUACUUGUAGCCCAUCAAAUUUGGAUUCUGCUAGCGUGUUACUUCACGUCUUAAACGGUGAACAUCCAGCAGCUAUGCAACGUGGAAAAAAUGGAGCAUCUCCGAUUCCUGGAUGGUCUCACUUGUCCAUGGGCCUGGGGUUGACGGCUUGUACUUCUCGAAAGUUUGCUUUCCUGAUUGCAAUAACAGUUGCGGUGGUUGCCGAGCUGUUAGUGACAUAAGACUUAAGUAGAGACACAGCGCGAGAACAGAACGAAGUGUAGACUUUUUUACUGUGUAUACUUUUUCAGAAAAAAAAACAAAACAGUAUCAAAUCUAAAUGUUGUUCUCAAAUCUACGUACAAAGGUUGCUCAAAUUCAUUGUUGCUGCGGUUCAGUUUCGCUUACGACUGUUGUUGACGGUUUUUCGUUGGUAAGCGUUUGGACCUGACGAUCGUAUUCGGUGUUCAGCUCCUCAUUUGGCUUAUAUAGUACCGAACGUUUUAGAUCGCGCUAUGACGAUUGGUGCUCUAAUAUACUUGUGCCAAAGAAACGUUCUAUUCCUGGUUAUAACAGCCAUUGAAAUUCUGUGCACUCCUUAUUGAAAUACUCUAACAUAUCAAUUAAUUUCAUUCCGAAUCAACCACCCAGAAAACAAUGAAAAUAAUAAAAAAAAUAUUCAUCUUAUUUUCUCAAAUUUGUGUUACUAGAACGAUUUAUAUUCAACAUACACACUAUACGAUACAAAUUUAUAUGGGUCCAUAAUCAAUACCAACGAUAUUUCCUACAAUUUUAAAAUAUUCUGCUUUUACAGUUUCAUAAUGUUUGUAAAGAUUUUCGUUAUCGGGUGACACACUCAAGAAUUCCAAACAAUCUCGCAAGGAUUGCACAAAAUUUCAAUUAACCCGUCACGUUUCCCCGAUUGUACAUACAUUUGCAUAUUUGCGCGAUACGUGGUUUGGGGUCCGGCUGUGUAAAGCGUGAGAGCAUCAAGAAAUCACAACGAAGGUGGAGGGAAAGAAAAAAAUGAACCAUACCCCGCAUUCCCCGCCAAACAUUUCCGUUUACUGUUAUCUAUUACAUGCUCGAUAGAUGUGGGGAACACUUUCCAGUUUUUAUUUUUUUAAGAAAGCGUUCCCGGUUGUGUACAUAAAAAUUAUUAAGGAAUUAACUUGUAAGCUGAUACAGACAUGUAACCGCACUUUGGACUGUGUGAUUCGUUUAAAACCCACCUAACCCUAACCAAUACCGUACCCAAAAAUAAAAAACAGGCGAUAAGUCGUUAUCAUAAGGUGUGAUUAAAUUCUUAAGAUAGUUAGAAAACUAAAUGUAAAGUUAAUAAUAAUAAAAUAUAACAAUAUAUCAUCAUUCAAGGAUGUGCGCGAUGUAUAAAAUACAACAGACACUUUUGGUUUGUUUCGAACACGAAAGAAAGUAAAUAUAUAUACACACAAAUAUAUAUUAUAUAAAAAAGAAGCUUCUCCAUCCGUUAGUUUGAAUAUCUUAGAGAGAAUUUUUGACGAAAAAUGGAUUUAAAAAAACAUGAAAACGUGAACUUGUUACACUGAGAACUGUGAAUAAUAUAGGCGUAGGCGACGUGUUUUUUGUUACACUAUAAACAUUCAGUGUACUUUAGGUAAGGUCGGAAUUGUAACCCAAAUUUUCUGUUAAAAUAAAUCGUUAUGAAAUAAAAAGAGAGUCUGAUGUUUCA